AUGACCAGCUUCCUCCUCUUUGUGUGUUUGUUUCCCACAAUAGAUAUGGAUGUGUUUAAUGGUUGGGAGAGAUCAAGAUUAGAAGAUGAAACCAUAAUGCCACCGGGGUUUAGGUUUCAUCCAACUGAUGAAGAGCUCAUCACUUACUUCCUCCUUAAGAAAGUCCUUGACUCCAACUUCUCCUGUGCCGCCAUUUCUCAAGUUGACUCAAAGCCUUGGGAGCUUCCAGAGAAAGCGAAGAUGGGCGAGAAAGAGUGGCACUUCUUCACACGAAGAGAUAGGAAGUACCCAACCGGGCUGAGAACGAACAGAGCAACAGAAGCUGGUUACUGGAAGGCAACUGGUAAAGACAGAGAGAUCAAAAGCUCAAAGACAAACUCGCUUCUCGGGAUGAAGAAAACUCUCGUCUUUUACAAAGGCAGAGCUCCUAAAGGUGAGAAAAGCUGUUGGGUCAUGCAUGAGUAUCGCCUCGACGGAAAGUUCUCAUACCAUUACAUUACUUCCUCUGCUAAGGAUGAAUGGGUUCUCUCCAAAGUUUGUCUGAAAAGCAGCGUAGUUAGUAGAGAAACGAAGUUGGUCUCUUCUUCUUCCGUUUCCGUCACUAGCAUUAGUUGCUCCUCUUCCACCGGAUCUUUAAUUGCUCCGGUUAUUGAUGCCUUCGCGACUGAGCACGUGUCCUGCUUCUCCAAUACCUCUGCAUCGCAUGUUGAUGCGAGCUUUCCUAUAUACCUUCCCGCUCCACCACAAUCUCUGCCACGUCAACCUCGCCGCAUUGAUGACGUGGCGUUUGGUCAGUUUAUGGGUCUGGGAUCGACUGGACAGUUCAACAUCGACGCAGCGUUCUUACCGAAUCUACCUUCUCUGCCACCGACGUUUCUUCAUCCUCCUCCUCAGUAUUACGCCCCGUACGGUGGAGCCGCCGUGAGUAGCUGGCCGUUUGCUCUCUGAUGGUCAUUAUGCGGUCGCAAGCUAUCUCUGUACCUUGUAUGAAUUCGUUUCUCAAGGAAAACAAAACUUUCGUUUAAUGACUGCAUGGCUUGUAUUAGCCUGGCAUCUCCAAAAGACACUAACUUCAAAAAUGAAGUUUUUGCUCUCUCCAAUUGAUGUUUUGAAGAGUGAAACACUAUAUUUGAAGUUUCACUAUUAAAAACUUCAAAUUUGAAGUUUCAUAUUUUUAUUUGCAUUUUGGUCCCUACAAUCACACAUCACCUUUAUGAUUCAUAUAUAUUUUUUCGUUUAUUGUUUUAAUCCUUUAAAAAAUUAUAACUUAUA